AUGUCCUACACGCUUCCGCAUCUAGAGAACGGCUGGCAGGUGGACCAGGCCAUCCUUUCCGAGGACAACCGCAUCGUCGUCAUUCGCUUUGGACACGACUGGGAUCCCACCUGCAUGAGAAUGGACGAGGUUCUCUAUAGAAUCGCCGAGAAGGUCCAGAGAUUUGCCGUGAUCUAUCUGGUCGAUAUCACCGAGGUGCCUUGCUUCAACCAAAUGUAUGAGCUUUACGAUCCCUGCACCGUCAUGUUCUUCUACAGGAACAAACACAUCCAGAUCGAUCUGGGCACUGGCGACAACAACAAGAUCACCUGGGCCAUCGACGACAAACAGGAGAUGAUCGACAUCGUGGAGACGGUCUACCGAGGGGCGCGCAAGGGCCGGGGGCUCGUCGUGUCUCCGAAGGACUACUGCACCAAGCACAGAUACUGACUCCUCCACGUGGCCUUGUGUCCUCAGCUCUCCUCCGACACACCGCCCUGAGGCUUUGCCAGGUCCACAUAAGGAAUUCUCCAGGAACGCGCCCGCUCCCUCGUGACCACUGGACAAAACUCAGUGCCAGAACACUGGACACAGUGAUGCCUAUUGACCUUGGGUUUGCCUU